CUUUACUACACCUCCAACUGGGACGUUAAGCUUCACAGAAAACGCCUUUUCGACGACUCGAAAGGGGCGCAUUACCAGACAGCGCCCGAAUCCGCCAAAUCAAACCGGUCUUAUUCUCAGUCUCGUCAUGGCAUUGAAUCGGAAAUAUGCAGCUCUGCCAGACUUAGACUCGGCCCCGGACGUGUACGAGACACCAGAGCUGACAGACGAUACAUCCACCGUCCCAACGACAACCGGACAAUCGAACUCGGAUGAUGAUUUCGACGACGACCUCGACGAUGACGCCAACGGCAUUUCAAGGUCCCGACUCCGGGUCGAUGAAGCACGAUCUCGUUUCCUUCCGGCGGGCGUGGACGCCUCGGGAGUCGACUUUUCCGAUCGAGUAGAUGGCAAGCGCAAAUCAUACAAGGCGUCGACGAGACGCCAGCGUUUCCUGCAGGAUGGUACGGAGCAGCUCGGCGAUCUUAGCGACGAGGACGACGAAGAUAGUCUGGAACGCAAGAUUGCACGGUUGCAGCGUGAGGUUGAGGAAGCCAAGGAGGAGUACGGAAAGAGGAAGGAGGCAGCGGCACAACCCACGACGGGAGACCAUGACGAGAAGCUAGGAUCUCUCAGCAAGGUCCUGGACGAGAUUUCCAAGACUCUUGAACCGCAUAUGAGCACUUCUCGCACCCUUCAGCCAGCGUCGCAACCACCCACAGCAGCUAAGGAUGAGUCGCAAGACUUGGUGUCACAGGGGAACUCUGCAACCUACACAGUUACUUAUGCUCCUACGUACGAACAGAGUCACGCUCUUGCCACGGCCGCGGACUUCGACCGACGAUUGGUUCUUCUUGAAAGGGCAAUCGGCGUAGGGUCAACCGCCUUGCCGGAAGUUGACAUCAAUGGGUUGCCAAGAGCCAUUCUUCCCACGCUCGAUGGGCUUCAGAAGCAGAUUACGACUCUGUCGCAGGCGUCAACAUCGAAUCUGGACACAAUCAGCCGUCGAGUCCGUACUCUCAUCCAAGAAGCUCAAGAGUUGGAAAAGGCACGCCAGGGAGCCAAGUCUGCGCAAGAAACCCUUGGCAAUGGUGCGACCGCUGGCGAGGAUGUCCCGGCUCCCGAGCAGCUUGCAAAGAUCAACGCUCUAUAUGGAACUCUGCCUACGAUCGAGAAUCUCGCUCCUCUUUUGCCACCACUGCUUGACCGCCUGAGGUCCCUCCGCGCGAUCCACUCUGAUGCUGCGUCUGCGGGCGAGAUACUCGGCAGAAUUGAAAAACAACAAACGGAUAUGGCGACGGACCUUAAGCAAUGGAAGGACGGCUUGGAAAAGGCCGAGGAGGCGAUGAAGGAGGGAGGCACUGCCAUGAGCGGAAACAUGAAAGUUAUGGAGGCAUGGGUAAAGGAUUUAGAGGGACGAAUUGCGAAGUUGCCAUGAAUGACUUCCGCUGUCAAAAGAUACCCCUGCUUUAACCGAAUUAUCGAGCCAAGCUUCGAAUUUCUCGUCUUCAUGAUCUGGCCGUAAAUGUGUCGUUGUAGGAUGACCGAGCCGUUGCGAAGUUUUGGAAUCUCAGAUCCCACCUCCAGGGUACAUGCGGAUGGAUGUCACUGCGCGAUUCUAACGAUAAAGAGCCAAAUGUGACCAUGAAGGUAAAUCACCUUUGCUACUGAUAUUAACCAGCACCUGGC